AAGACUUGGAAUCCUGGUAACACAGAGAGCAAACAACAUAGGAUUACAAAAACAUUACCUUCAAACGCAAGCAUUCUUAGCCUGAGAAGAAACAAGUAAAAGGUGAUAAGGGUUAACAUGUACAGUAAUUUAAUAUUCGAAGAAAAAAGUGUGAGCUGAACUGUGCUGCGUAGUGUGAAAAGAGCGUGAGACAGGCUUGAGGGAGGGAGUAACAUCUGGGCUCCUUCCAGUCUGUGGUCUUUUUGGAUUUUCUAACCACACCCACAGGCGCAUUUCUCAAGCGUGCGCUCCUUUACCUGAACGCACUGCCACUCUUUGUGUUUCAAGGCAAAAACGACCGUCAAAUAAUCGACAAUAAUGUGCUGGCAACACGAUUGAUCGAUCAUCUUCUUCACCGCAAAUGGACUGAGACGUCUUUUGAACCCUGUAAAGAAUAAGAACUCCAUAGAAGACACAUCUGACCAACUAGACGACCAUGGACUGGAAGACAUUCCAAGCUCUUCUGAGUGGGGUGAACAAAUACUCCACAGCCUUUGGGCGCAUCUGGCUGUCCGUGGUGUUUGUAUUCAGAGUGAUGGUGUAUGUGGUGGCGGCUGAACGGGUGUGGGGCGACGAGCAGAAGGACUUUGAUUGCAACACCAAGCAACCGGGAUGCUCCAACGUCUGCUAUGACCACUACUUCCCCAUCUCGCAUAUCCGCCUGUGGGCACUGCAGCUGAUCUUCAUCACCUGCCCGUCCUUCAUGGUGGUCAUGCACGUGGCCUACCGUGAUGACCGCGAGCGCAAGCACAAAGUCAAGAACGGUGAGAACGCCAAACUCUACAGCAACACGGGCAAGAAACAUGGCGGCCUGUGGUGGACCUACCUGCUCAGCCUCUUCUUCAAGACGGGCAUCGAGAUCGCCUUCCUCUACAUCCUCCACCACGUUUAUGACAGCUUCUACCUGCCCAGGCUUGUCAAGUGCGAGGUGCUUCCUUGCCCCAACAUAGUGGACUGCUACAUCGGCCAUCCCACUGAGAAGAAAGUGUUCACCUACUUCAUGGUGGGCGCGUCUGCGCUCUGCAUCGUCCUCAACAUCUGCGAGAUCAUCUACCUCACCGCCAAGAGAAUCGUGCGAAUUGUCAAAAAGAACACCAGGCCCAAACAAAAACCCCCUGUGCCCACCAAAGAGUACAUGGAUGACAUUUUCAACAACUGCGUUGACCCUUUGCCCAAAAUGGACAUGGAGGAUAAGCCUCCAUCUUUCAAAUCUGCAAACAAACCAGAGUACAGAUUGUCCAUGCUGAAGUUUGAUGACAAGAUUCGGGCCUCUGCCCCAAAUUUGUCGACUCCUUGCUGAGAGCCAAACCAAAAGAGACUGAAAACCCGUCAGUUGUGCUUGGGCUAUGACUCACUCGCAGUCUUAAAAACACAUUUCGAGCUAUGGGCCAAACCAUAGUGCGUGUCAGCCCCCUGUAAAUUGAGUCAAUACAGUAAAGGCUCUCGGCCUUUAAAAGCCAUCCCUUACUAAUAGACUCAAUUCAUUGUGAAUGGACACUGGUCGGACAUACCUUGACAUGAAUUCCUCUGUGCAUUUCAUCCAGCUUUUCAAUGUACGUAAUUCUGAUGUGCUGGGAACACCUGCAAGCAGAGCUCAAGUCACUUGAUGGUGGUCAAGUUUCUGGAAUGUGGGCACACCACUAUGGCUGACAACUGUAAUUGUAUGUUAAUGAGCUCAAAACUCGUUUUUUUACUUUUUUUGUGGGGGUUAGGCAUGCUGUCUGGAAGUGCACGUCAUGUAUUUCCUCAUCUAAACCCUAAGCAGGCACAUUCAGGACUUUCUUACAACACACACUGUUAUUUGUUUGGGAUUUUCAGUCAACAUCGCAGUCUCCAAGACCACUGUUGAUUUAAAUCAGCCGAAAGGAAUGCUGCUGUUUGUGCUGUGCUGGCUAAUGCUACAACACCCUGAGAAUUUUGUAGAAUAUGUAAUUUUCAUAAGUUGUUUAUUUUUAUACGUAUUAAAUUUAUUGAACAUGA